ACAAGCUGUGACUAGAGGUGACCAGAGGACAAGAGAAAAAUAGGGCGAUAUCUGAACAAUUUGUGUAAACUCAUCAUGUCUGUGUACACUGAAAAUAUCUAACACAAAGUUUUCACUUUUAAUUACAGCCUUCCCUUACAUCAAGGACAUUUUUUGAGGUGUUUGCUGGGACAGGACAACUGCUAUUCCUGCCCAGCAUUAACCCUGUCCUUUUAGGACAUUAAAAAACAAACUGGAUAUCAGCAACAAUUGAGAAUAGCCAUCUUUAUAUUAAUGAUUAAUUGCCUGGAUCCCUAUUAGUAAAAACAAAGCAGGUUUUCCAAGCCCCGCCCUGUGGCUGAGGCCUGGUAGUCACGUGGUUCCUCAAGAAAGAUCCGCUUCCACAGCAACCGUUGCCAAGGACGUGGAUUUCCACGCGAUGCACGCUGGGAAUUGUAGUCCGCGCCUAAUUCGCCUGUGGCUCACAGCAGAGACGCUUGGACUACAGUUCCCAGCGGCCGUGCAAGAGUGCUGGGCUACGGGCCGGAGAGAGGCUGCUCGGCGAAAAGGGGAGUCGCAGAGAGUCAUGCCGAGCUCACUGACCGAAUGCUCCAUCAUGUCGGAGGGUGACCAGACCUCGGAUGUUCUGGAUCGGUUCAUUAGUAUCCCCGAGCAGUCCUAUGAGCAGUUCCUUGGGACUUUUACUCAUCCUCCUAAAGGCUCCAUUUGCGGCUUUGGGUCUUCGGCUCCGUUCGCGACUUUGGAUCUUCGGCGAUGUCUACGUUCUUCAAACUUAAAUUCUGCUGGGCCAGAGAGACAGCUGAUGAAGUUCGGACCCUUCUCAGUAUCGGAACAACAGUGCGUCUGGCAGAGGGCAAGAGCGAAGGAUAAUGCAGGGGACAGAAAUACAGACAGUGCUGCUAAAGAAUCAGACCAGCAGCAGACGGAGGAAGUCCAGCCUUUUGCGCUGGAGGCGGGGUUUGAUUACGACCAUGUGGCUCUGACUCCCAAGUUUUCUGUGUCUGAACUGAAAUUCCUUGGAAUGGAAAGACCCGAGAAGAUCACAAGGGAAGAAAGCACGGACCAGACUGAGAUUUAGAAGAACACAGAAAGUGAAUACAUAUUUCAAUUUAGUUAUUUGUUGUUAAUAAACCUCAGACAAAAAAAACAGAAA